UGCAUUUAAGUAGAGGAGCCAUUUUCUCUGAGAUUUUACAAUUUAAAGAUAGUUUCAUAAAACUUUGUUAAUUUGAAGAACGAAAAUUGGGUUGAAUUGAAUUAAAAGAAAUAUGAAGAAUUUGUUGGGUCACACAAAAAUAGUUUUGGUGUUUUUAUUUUUCUUUAUUAGCUUUUCUGCAAGUGAAAUUGAAACAAACCAAAGAUCAAAUUCUCUUAUAUUUUUAUCAAACUCUUAUAAGAUCGGUCCUAAUGACGCUGUGAUAAUUGUUGAUCAUGGCUCAAAUCGCGAAGAAUCGAAUAUCAUGCUUGAUGAAUUUGUGGAGAUGUUUAGACACAAAACUGGAUACAAGAUUGUUGAGCCUGCUCAUAUGGAAUUAGCAAAACCAUCUAUCGAAGACGCUUUUCGAUCUUGUGUUCAACAAGGUGCGCGUCGUGUUAUUAUAAGUCUCUUUUUCCUUGGGAGUGGAAAGCAUUUUAAUGAGGAUAUUCCUUUUUUGAGUGCUGAGGCAGCAAAACAACACCCUGGUGUGUCAUACAUCAUUACUCCACCUCUUGGACUUCAUGAGCUACUUGUGGAUAUUGUGAAUGAUAGGAUCAAUUCUUGCUUGAAGCCUAUAGGUCAAGAUGCAGAUGAAUGUUCGGUUUGUGAUGGGACUGGAAAAUGCAUUCUCCCUAUAGAAGCUGAAAGGAAAAAGAAUUUUUAAGAAGAAUUACAUAAUCUGAAUUGGAUAUGUUCAAAAUGUUCUUCUAUAUGAGUUUCUAAAUAUUGGGAAAUUUAUAAUUUCUCAUCGUAAGACUAAAAACUACCUUUUACUUUUAUGUUUUUAGUGUUUAAGUUGAUAUCAAUAAAAAAAACUUUGAGAAUUCUAUUUUAAAGGAGCUUGUCACCUUUUAUUAUUAUUACUUUUUUUUUGUCACUGGUAUGUUAUUUGAAGUAAUUU